AUGAACAAAAUGGGCAGAAAUGUCUUGGGAUCGGAUCUAUCUGAAACGAAGGACUUACGUAGACUUACCACGAUCAUUCCAGGUCGCCUUUACCUAGCGACCUACUCGACGCACUGCCGUCAUCCGGACACACGGGGACUGCACUUCUUUAGCACCGACUACAAUUACUGGGAUGAUGGCUUGGCGUCCCACGAACCUCUAAAUUUGGGCUGCUUGGUACAGUACAUCCGUUAUUUUAACGACAAAAUGUACAACCACCGGUUCGUGUCCAAAGCUAUUGUACAUUACACUGUCGACAAUUCCAAAGAAUAUAACGACCCGGCUUUCCUCAUCGGUGCUUAUUCGAUUGUCGUAAAACAAAUGGACCCCUUAACUAUUCAUUCGAUUCUGAAGAAUAGCAACCAUUGCGUUAACGGAGUGGAUUCGAUUUUCGGUCACGGCAAGAACAAUUAUGGAAUUGACUUACACGAAUGUUUGAAUGUCGUGUACAAAGCGAUGAAGUACAGGAUAGUAAACUUCAAAGAUUUCAAUUUCCAGGAGUACAACAAUCAGUGUCUUGACAUGACAUGGAUAGUGCCCGACAAGUUAGUCGCUUUCCGCGGUCCGAUUGAAUGCGACAACAUUGCAGCGGGGCCUGGCCGAAACGUUCUACUGCAGAAUUUCGUUAAAUACUUCAAAGAAAAUAACGUCAAGACAGUGAUCAGACUGAACGAUACAGAAUACAAAAGUUGUUGGUAA